ACGCGGCGAAUUCGCCUCUUUCCUUCCGCUUCCGCCUACCUCACCUCACCUUAGCUCACACGACCAAGAACUCUCUUCUUUUCUGUCACUUCUCUUCCAUUCCUGAGGAGGAAGAACCCAACUGCAUCUUGCCUGGAUACUCCUAGCUUGCAGAGUCUUCUGUUCUGCAACUCUGAAGACCCUGAUCGAUCGGUGCCAUUCUUUUUUGCUUUCCUUCGUCAGUGUUCCUGCCUUUUCUACCUUUUUCGCUCUUUGUUCUUGCGACUAAUGGGGCUACAGAUCGUUGAUUUAUGGUUGCCAAAAUUGACUAUGUACUUGGGAAUUCAGUGCGCUUGUGGUUUCUUGUCAGAAAUUAGCAUCCCUUGCUCUUGCUGGUUUCUUUCUUUCUUUCUGCAGUUUGUAACGAGAUGUAGGUUCAGAGCAAUUCCAACAGCUCUCCUCUUGUUUUUGUUUCGCAGCCCAUCUUUUUUGGGAGUGUUUGUUUAAUCAGUUGGUGAUCUUCAGCCGUCCUAGCUAAUUUGAAUCGUUUUUGAGUUUCUUGUUUGCCUAGUUUUUGUGCCGUUUUUUAGGAUGCUGUUGCAGAGACGUUAUUAUCUGCUCCUGUACGUUGGCCGAGUCCGCGAAUUUUGGUGAAAAUUUGUUCUCUCUUGCUCCGUUUAUAUAUGGCUCUUUCUGAUCGCCAUCUUUCUUCUCAUAUCAUUUUCUCCCAAGAGAAGUAACCUCGGUUCUUUCUAUGCUUUGUUGCCUAGAUUGCUACAACAGAAGUUUCUCAGUGUUCAAUCGUAGCUCUCUGUGAUACAAAAAAAAAAUGGCUGGGGGUGGAACGAGCAUCAGGAAGUAUGUUGGAGCCCUAAAGGACACAACAACCGUAAGCAUAGCAAAAGUGAACAGCGAUUAUAAGGAUUUGGAUAUUGCUAUUGUGAAGGCCACAAACCAUGUCGAGAAUCUACCAAAGGAGAAGUACAUAAGAGAUAUCUUUUAUCAUCUCUCUGCUGGAAGGGCUCGAGCAGAUGUAGCAUACUGCAUCCGUGCUCUUGGUAGGCGUCUUUCAAAGACACGCAACUGGGCGGUUGCACUUAAGACCUUAAUCGUCAUACACCGUGCCCUACGGGAAGUUGAUCCCACUUUCCGUGAUGAGCUCAUUAGCUAUGGAAGAUCCAGUACACAUAUGCUUCAUUUGUCCUACUUUAAGGAUGAUUCAAGUGCAGAAGCUUGGGAUUAUUCUGCAUGGGUUCGCAAUUAUGCAUUGUACUUAGAAGAGAGACUAGAAUCUUUCCGUGUACUGAAAUAUGACGUUGAAAAAGAUCCACCGAGAACUCGAGACCUCGACACGGUUGGUUUGCUUGAACAACUGCCAGCACUACAGCAGCUUCUUUUUCGGCUACUCGGUUGCCAGCCACAAGGGUCAUCAUCUUAUAACAACAUAAUCCAGCAUGCACUUUCAAUGGUUGCUCUAGAGAGUGUUAGGAUCCAUACAGCUAUCAACGAUGGGAUACUGAAUCUGGUUGACAAGUUCUUUGAGAUGCAAAGGGAUGAUGCUCUUAGAGCCCUUGACUUAUUCAAAAGAGCAAUUAACCAGGCGGGACAACUUUCUGAAUUUUAUGAAAUGUGUAAAACCAUACAUAUUGGGCGUGGCGAGAGGUUCUUAAAAAUUGAACUGCCUCCGACCUCAUUCCUGCAAGCUAUGGAGGAGUAUGUGAGAGAUGCACCCCUUGCUUCAAUAAACCAAAGAAAUCAGGCUGUACUAGCAAUAGAGUACAAAAGAAAACCAGAGGAUGAAGAAUCAUCAAGUUCAGCUCCUCUGCCGCCGCCUCCAGUAUCAACUUCAGAAUCUGAACCUGAACCUGAGCCUGAGCCAGUUAAAGAAGUCUCACCCGUACAUGAGCCAACCGAUUUGCUGGGAAUGAAUGAACCGACCCCUGACGUGUCAAAAAUCGACCAAAAGAAUUCUUUGGCUUUAGCAAUUGUUCAACCAGACAAUACACCAAAAGCCGCUGCUCCUACUACUGAAAACGUUGCCACUAGCUGGGAGUUGGCACUUGUCGCCGCGCCAAGUUCAAAUGGCAAUGCUGCCACCUCGAACAAACUGGCUGGUGGGCUGGACUUGCUCACCCUUGACAGCCUAUACAACGAGGCGCACCGACAAGCGCAACAGAACGCAAGCUACAACCCCUGGGAGGCAGCAGCCCCAGCAUCAUCUGGCCCAAUGAUGCAGCAGCCAAUGCAGAACCCGUUCUACGCCUCGAACGCCAUUGCUCCGCCCUUAAACGUGCAGAUGGCCGCCAUGGCGCAGCAGCAGCAGCAUAUGUUCAUGCUCCAGCAGCAGCAACAACAGUAUGAUCAGCAGCAGCAGCAGAUGAUGAUGAUGAUGGGAAGGCAACCGUAUGAUCAGCAGCAAGGCUCUUCUUCCAAUCCGUUUGCUAGUCCAUACAUGUCUGCAGGAGUUCACCCGUACGGUCCGGGGAUGCAGCUCCAUGCCGGCAAUUCGUACACAUACUCUGGGACAGGCAUGAUGUAGAGUGACACACCAUCUGCUGCUUGUUUGGCAGUUUUUUUUUUUUCAUUUUAUCGCAUUUUUUUGGGCGGUUUAUCAAAUGUGAUUUUAGGAGGAUUAGAUCGGUAGAUGGGACCUGGUAUAGAGUCAAGAUGAGCAUUGCCGUCGAAGUUUUUUCCCUGCUCUUUGCUGACAAAGAGGGCACUGGAGUUCUCUAAAAAAAGAAAGCAGUUGUGAAGGGUUGUAUACAUUGAAAUCUAAUGUAACAACUGCUGCUAUUUCUGAAACAUAAGAUGUAAAUGAACAUUAUGUUUCAUGAUCUGCGUGAAUUGGUCGGUAGAACUGCCAUUUCCUACAAA